AAGAAGCUCGUCGUGACAUGCAGCUCAAUGUGAAUAGUCCACCGGUUAUUGAGCCAUUUAAAUUUCCUAAAAAUCUUCAAGAGGGUGGACGUGCACAAAUCACUUGUGCUGUAUCUUCGGGUGAUAUGCCAAUUUAUUUUAGUUGGAAAAAAGAUGAUAUGGCAAUACCAACUAGUUUGCAGAUAACAGAGAAAAAAGAGGAAUUCUACUCGUUGUUGGUAUUUAAGGAUAUUAGCGCUAAGCACAGCGGUAAAUAUACGUGCUAUGCGAGCAAUGCAGCGGCUAAGGUGAAUUUCACCGCAGAGUUGCAAGUUAGAGUUGCCCCACGCUGGUCCUACGAACCCAUGGAUACAGCCGUCAUGCUUGGCAAUGCAAUAUCGAUAAAUUGUGAAGCGGAAGGAUAUCCGAUUCCGGCGAUUACCUGGUACAAGGGACAGGGCAAAUCCUCCAAGGAAUUUAAGACUUUAAAUAUGCGCAAUCAUUCACUGGUGCUAAAUCUUGCCACUGACAUAGAUGAGGGUUACUAUAAAUGCGAAGCCACGAAUAAUAUUGGCGCUGGACUUAAAAAAAUCAUACGCAUUAAUGUUAAUGAACCGGCACGUUUCGAGCAACCAUCACGCAAUGUCUCCUCUCGUCGCAAUGACCCCGUCACGCUAAAUUGUCAAGCUAAAGGCGACGAGCCCAUUACAAUAGCUUGGACGCACAACAAUGGACGCAUUGACCUGAAUAAUUUCCGUUUUAGCAUAGCGGAAAUGAAAACGGAAAAGGGCGUCGACUCGCAGUUGACAAUUGCGCGUUCGGAUCGUCAUGAUUCGGGCGUAUACAAGUGCAUUGCUGAAAAUCCCUAUGGACGCGAGGAGCAAAUUAUAUUUCUUGCAGUACAAGAACGUCCGGACACACCAUCCAAUCUUGAAGUAUUUGAAGUGGGUUCACGUACAGUGAAGCUAUCAUGGCGUCGGCCAUUUGAUGGCAACUCGCCUGUGCUAAGUUAUUUGGUGCAAUAUCAACCGCUGAAGUAUUUGCAGUCGCAUGCAGCUCUGGGCAUAGUUGGCGGCGACUGGAGUGGACCGAACAUAAUCAACGUUAGUCUGCCGUCAACAAGCAUAAGUAAAAGUUAUGAUAGCGAUUUACGUGAAAGUGCAAUUGUGUCCGGUUUGACUCCGGCCACUACAUUUCUCAUACGCAUGCAAGCCAUCAACGAAAUUGAACGCAGUCCAUUCACUGAUCCAAUCGUACUAAAAACUCAAGAAGAGGCACCCACUGAGGCGCCAUCUAAUGUACAAGUUCAAACUGGCGGAGAGAGUGAUUUAAUUGUCACAUGGCAGAUACCACCUCGCGAAUCUUGGAAUGGUGAACUCAUUGGUUAUACGGUAAACUGCAGCGAGGAGAAACAAAACUUGAACUACAUUAGCGUUGUCAAUAAUUCAUUGAAGUCGGUGAUUGUGAGCGGGUGGGCCACCACGAAAGCAACACUACGUGGUCUACGUAAAUACACCAGAUAUGCGGUAACUGUGCGCGCUUUGAAUAGUUUCGGCUCGGGUCCAUGGAGUGCUGCCAUAUUCGGUACAACAGCUGAGGGUGUGCCUGAAGCACCACCACAACAUGUCAAUUGUACGGCACUAUCGUCACAAAGUCUGAAGAUAUCCUGGCUGGAGCCGCCAUUGCAAUUUCAUGGUGGCAUAAUUCAAGGCUAUAAAAUUUUAUACCGUCCAAUUGUGAAUCAAAUUGAUUUUCCUGCUAAAAUGGAAGUUAAGCGUACCUCCAAUCUGGAAACCUAUUUGCACACUUUACAUAAAGCCACAAACUACUCGUUACGUGUGCUGGCAUACACAGCGACAGGAGACGGCAUGGCCAGUCAACCAUUAUACUGUCAGACAGAGGACGAUGUGCCUGAUGCACCAGCGUCCAUAAAAGCAGCUGCCUUGACGGCUGAUUCGAUUUUGAUAUCAUGGCUGCCACCAAAAAAUCGCAAUGGCAUCAUAUCCCACUACACCGUCUACUCACGUGAGGCAGGUCGUAAAGGACAAGCAAAAUCCCAUAUGGUGCGAGUGGACGAGAAUGGUUAUCCGGUGACAUAUGAAGCGCGUGGCUUGGCAGAGAAUCAAAUGUACGAAUUUUGGGUAUCAGCUUCGACGUCCGUUGGUGAAGGUGAACCGACUUCUGUGGUUGCACAAGCCACAAAUACACGAGAUAUGUUAUUGAGUGAUCCUAGAGGUAUUUUGCGUGCUGAUUCCAAAUCUGGACUUAGAUUUUUUCUAUCACGUCUAGUUUUCUUUAGACAACCAGAUUAA